GAUAUGGGCAUAAUGUUGUCUGCUGUUGGCCACACAGAGGCUUUCAGAUUUGUGGAGGCUUUCUUUCUUUUUUAACUCGAACAGCUGGUCACACCGGUGCAACCUAGGAUUUUUUUUUUUGUCGCACUAUUGAGAAAUUUGGUCGCGUUUGCAACCAAAUUGGUCGAACUGUAGAGCCCUGUGUUUGUAAUUGUUUUUAUCUUUUUAUGUGUCUUGUCCUGAUGUGUCUCUUGUGUGUAUGUGUGGGUUUGUGUUUUCUCUUACCAGUACUACUAGGCCUUGGAUGGAUAGCCUUGACCCUGAAACACUAUAUGUGUCUCCAGAGCACACUGGUCUGCCCUCACAUGUCCUUGCUACCGUGGAAGGCUCCAACCUGGAACUGAGGGGUGGGAAGAAGAUGAAUGGGUCCCUGGACCACCCUGACCAACCAGAUAUUGAUGCCAUUAAAAUGUUUGUUGGACAGAUUCCCCGGUCUUGGUCGGAAGAGCAGCUUCGUGAACUGUUUGAACCUUACGGAGCAGUCUACGAGAUUAAUGUUCUCCGAGACCGCAGCCAGAAUCCACCACAGAGCAAAGGUUGCUGUUUUGUAACUUACUAUAGCCGCAAAUCAGCCUUAGAAGCGCAGAAUGCUCUGCACAACAUGAAGAUUCUGCCAGGGAUGCACCAUCCAAUCCAAAUGAAGCCAGCUGACAGUGAGAAAAACAAUGUGGAGGACAGAAAACUGUUUAUUGGAAUGAUCUCCAAGAAGUGUAACGAGAAUGAUAUCCGACUGAUGUUUUCGCCAUAUGGACAGAUAGAGGAGUGCCGGAUACUCAGAGGCCCUGAUGGACUCAGCCGCGGUUGUGCGUUUGUGACAUUCACAGCCAGACAAAUGGCCCAGUCCGCUAUCAAGUCCAUGCAUCAGUCCCAGACCAUGGAGGGUUGUUCAUCGCCAAUUGUAGUGAAAUUUGCAGACACUCAGAAGGACAAGGAGCAGAAGCGCAUGGCUCAACAGCUGCAGCAACAGAUGCAACAACUUAGUGCUGCUUCCAUGUGGGGUAAUCUCACUGGACUCAACAGUUUAGGCCCACAGUACUUAGCACUCUACUUACAGUUGCUGCAUCAGUCUGCCUCCACAGGGAAUGCACUCAAUAACCUGCACCCUGUUUCAGGUCUUAAUGCUAUGCAGAACCUCGCUGCUUUAGCAGUAGCAGCAACUGCUACACAGGCCACACCUACAGGUUCUAGCGCCAUGACGACAUCUACUAGCCCACUAAGUGCGUUAACAAGCUCAGGCUCCUCCCCCACCUCCGGUGGCAACUCCUCGGUGAACCCCAUGGCUUCUUUAGGGGCCCUGCAGUCUCUGGCUGCUAGUGCCGGAGCUGGCCUCAACAUAGGUUCCUUGGCAGGCAUGGCAGCACUUAAUGGCAGUCUUGGCUCUGGAAGUCUUUCUAAUGGCUCAGGAAAUACAAUGGAGUCACUGAGCCAGGCCUACUCUGGCAUUCAGCAAUACGCUGCCGCCGCCCUCCCUAGCCUCUACAACCAGACCAUGCUAUCCCAGCAGAAUGUUUCAGCUGCAGGCAGCCAAAAGGAAGGUCCAGAAGGCGCGAAUUUGUUCAUUUACCACCUGCCCCAGGAGUUUGGAGAUCAGGAUCUGCUCCAGAUGUUUAUGCCCUUUGGAAAUGUAAUCUCUGCAAAAGUCUUCAUUGACAAACAGACUAAUCUCAGCAAAUGUUUUGGCUUUGUGAGCUAUGACAACCCAGUGUCAUCACAGGCAGCCAUCCAGGCAAUGAAUGGUUUCCAGAUUGGUAUGAAAAGGCUGAAGGUGCAGCUGAAGCGCUCAAAGAAUGACAGCAAGCCCUACUGAAGGUGCUGAGACACUACAGGCUUAGUUAGGCAGGGUGGUGUUAUGGUAAGUGUAGUGUGAAUAACCAGCUGAGACUGAUGCACUCAGAAACUUGUCUGUGCACUACAGGGCUACUUCACUGCUCCUCGUGGUCAUUAGAGGACAUGUCAGGACAAAGACAGAGGUGAAGCUACAUGACGAGUUUUGACACUAGCCUGGAUUCUCCCUAUGUUCUUUUGUGGUGCAUGCACUUUUUCUUUUUAACAAAAAAGAGAAGCAGUUGUGUUUUAAUUUAACUUAAGAUAGUGUCAGUUUGCUGUGGUAGAAAGUAAUACAUACGAGUCAUUUGUCAAGAAAUGUUGCAUACUGACUAUCAGGUGCCAAAUCUCUCUGUUGCCACUUCCUGUUCACUUCUUCUUCGACACAUUUAAUGUUAAAAAGCAGGCUGCAAUUGGGAAAGACAAAUGUGACAAAUGUGCGCUGGCAUGACUGUAUUCAGUUUUGGCAUUACUUCUAAUCGAGUCACUUUCAUGUUUGAUUAUAUUAAAUCUGUUGUCUGUCAAUAGCAACAGUUUUAUGGUGAACACUAAUUGAGAGGCCUCAGGGGGUGAGUGUAGCGUAAUGUAGAAACCAUGACUAAAGUACCAGUUAUACUUGAUAUGGGAUUAUACUUCAUUUAUAAUCAGUACAUUUACCUGGUGAUUAAUAAAACAUGUUGUAAUGCAGUUGAGAUGUAGAUCAACCUGAGUGAAACGUCAGGGACCGAGCUGAUGUGAUCUAUGAAGCUUAAUUGUCAACUUUAACAAGCGAUAACCCUAACUUUCACAAUAAAUCCAAAGUUGACUGACUUCUUUCAGUUGCUUAAAAUUCUGUGCAAUGUGAACAUGAUGGUUUUCAUAACUACAUUUUAUUGUUUUAGUUUAGUUUUUUCACCAGCCCUCCCUUUUCGUGAUAGCUAUCAGCUAGCUGACCUCAAGGGCUAGAGACUUUCUAUAUAUUGUGCAAGAUUGACCUGGCAGCUCUCUUAACUUCCAGGAAAUUGUGUUGUGUUUUUGUUUUUUUUAUGUUUCGUCUUACAUAGAGCUAGGAAGGAAGAUAAAUAUUGAGAUAUAUAUUUUAAUCAUAAUGCUUUUUCUAUUUUCAUAGAGAUUUUAUACUUUCUGUAAGUCUCGGGGAACUCUUAUUGUCUAAAUAUUUAUCUGAUUGCACAUUUUCUACAUAAUUUCCAAUCUGCCACCUCACUUCAUCUCUUGAUGUGUGUCCUAGACUUGCCUGUUGAAUGUUGUUUUGUUUUGCUGAUGUGUACUACAUGUCAUUGUGGCACGAGCUGUAUAUGAAGGAUCCAUCCGAUACUAUUGCUAGAAUAUUAAUAAUAAUUUAAAAAUAAUACCAGGGACACGUUCAAAACUGAAUCAUUUGCAGAGGGGCUACCAUGCGAGUAUUAAUACAUCCAGGGUACCCAGGUAUUUCAUCAGUGUUUAAAGUCUUUCAAGACAAGGAAGUUCGAUAUUAAAGGAAAAACAUUUGUUUAGCAUAGCUGGAUCAGCUUUUCUGCUACAUGUUAUGCCCUAGAGAGUAACUGUUUGGGCACUUCCACAUUUUUGUGUUCUCCGGGCUCUGUCCUUUAGGACUGUCAUGUACUUUCUAAUUGGACUAAGUAUAUAUUAUAUUACUGAGUUCACAAAUGAAAGUCUAAGACUUGGCAUUUUAAAGUCAUGCCUAUUAUUUGUAAAUAAUAAGGCAGAGAGCCUGAGGGACAAGAGUAUGUGUUAUUGUCAAAAUACAAAUGUAUAAAUAAAGUACAUUGAUGUAUUAUAUGCAUUUACAUGGCUGCAGUUAACUAUGUAUUGAGAAUGUAACCUAUAUUAUAAAAUAACAUGACUAAGUGUACUAGUAUUUACCGUUUCACUGUAAGAGCCUCAUAUCACUGGGCCUCAUUUACUAGCUUUAUGUGUGCACACAUUAAUGAUUCUUUAUUUUUGUACCUGAUUUGUUCACACUCUGUGGACAAAUGGCAAAGAUCUCUGAGAAGCACUUUUUGCUUUCCCAUCAAUCUGGGAAAGGUUACAAAGACCAUUUCAAACAAUCUGAAGUCCAUCAUUGAUUGGCUCAUGUGAUGAGUCACAUGAUUAUUGGUGACUACUACAACCCUCUUAACUAGGGUUUAAAUACCACCAUUUGCUUUUAGAACUGAAGGAGCUUCUCAGGUGUGAGGUGAAACGUCUUCAAGAGGUCCAGUCACUUUCUUUCCAAGCUCCUUAGAAUACCAUGACCUAGAUGACUAAGAACCUACAAAGACAUAUGGUUCACUGGUUUCAUUAAAAUAGUUUUUGAACAGCAAUUUGAAUCUAUAGCAGUUAGGAGUAUGGGCUUCUACAAUCAGUUCAUCCAGUGUUAGUUUAGCACUAUGCAAAUAAUAUUACCAGACUUUAUAUUUAAAUUAGAAACUGAACUAUCAGAAACAAGGUAGAACUGUAAGAUAGAAAGCAAGAUAACUAGUUUCUUCCAAUAAAGGCAUGGAAAUCAUGCCUAACUUGAUCCAAAUGUAUAAUUAAUGUGGAUAUCACAUCCACACAGCACAAAGAGACUUUAAAGCGACCACCGCAGUGAUUCUACUUUAGAAACAGUUUGGUACCUGUUGAAGUUCAGCAGCGGCUGGCUUUGCCACAAAUGACGACUCACUUUAUCACUGUGCUGGGCUGUGGUCAGCAUUUUACUCAGCUUUAACAUAACCCCAGAUGAUGUUUAGAUGUUGUCUGUGCAGAUGCUUGUGAAGAGCCGAAGUUGUGUUCAAAGUAUAAUGUAGUUGUUUCUGUCCUGCAGCAGUCUCCACUUUACCACUGCGCUCUCGUACUUUAGUGCAAAAAAAAUAAAAGUAAUGUCCAUGUCCACACUGGAGCUGUGCCACUAUUUUCCUCCGACGACACAUGAACUGAAAUCAACUGAUUUCAGUUGCAAGAGUGCAAGAGUUGAUAAGCGGGAUUGAUAGGCAGGCAGACUAACGAAGGAAUAAAACCACUAACUGUUAGUGGUGUGUGAUACUGCAUAUUUUGGUAUCGAUCCCAUACCAAGGAAAUACGGGCCAGUAUCGUUGAUACCAAUACCAAUACUUUUCAAUAAAUAAGGUGGAUACGUAAUUGAAUUGCUAAAUCUCAAUUAAUUUUCUUGACUUCAAGUGUUUUUUUUGCGAUGAUCCUUUUUUAUUAUUAAAUAGUUAAAACCCAGGACAUAAUUAGGACAAAGUGAUUGCAAACCAGUAAACAAAUUAAAACAAACAAGUACUGUUGAGAAACUAUAAUACAAAAAUUACAAUUAAAAUUCUCAACAACAAAAACAACAACUGGUGGAAAUAUAAAUAAUCUAAACAACUGAACAACCCCCAAAGCGUCUAACACACAUCACGUGACGGUGCAACAUCUAAACACAAAAGGGGGGAGGGGGAGCAAACUAUGCCUGCUCUGCGCUGACACAGCAGCGGCAAGUCCAGCGACCUGGCUGUUUUGUCUUCGCUGAAACCACAGCAUUGCAAACGAGCAGAACUUAAAGUAAAGAAUCGAUCUCAUCAGGCUAGUAUCGAUCCGAUACGGAUGCCGACUUGGCAUCGAUACUAGGGGUGUGUAUUGGCAAGAAUCUGGCGAUACAAUAUGUAUCAUAAUACAGGGUAGACGAUACGAUACAUUGCGAUACUAAAAGCCAGACGAUAUUUGUGUUUAGUAGGACUGAAUUUAAUUAGGAAAACUCACAGUAAACAGUCCAAACUGUUAAAUGCUUGACAUGAAACAUCUGAAACAAAAACACUCUCUCUAAGUUCAAAAUGAAUGGAGAAAUUAACAUCUGCCUUAUCAUGUCAAAUAAACAAACAAAAACUACUUUACUGAAAUAUCAAGUAUUUUUUUUAACAUGAAAAAAAAGUACUAUGAUUAUAAAAUACUUAUCCAAAAACUGCUCUGUGGAGCAUCAAAACAAAGCACUUUUUAUGUGACCUUAACAUAAACAAAUAUAAAUCAAAAAUGAAAUUGCUUGAAGAAUCCAUCCAAGUAAACAUUAACAAACAAUGUAAAGUGCUAUUAAAAUAAAGUACAGCUCUGCAGUGUCCAUCAAUGGAACACUUUUAGUACAACCUGAAAAAAGGAAUUUACUCAUCUAAAAAAAAGUGCUUAUGAGACUCAACCAAAAUGUCAAACAUUCUCAUAUCAGAGAUUUUACAUGUUUAGUGUUUUCUCAGUGGUUAUUGUUCAGUUUCCAGAUUUUUGUGCAGGAAUACAAGCUGAUCGACAUGGUCAGCACUCAGGACACUUCUCUGUGCAUUUACUAUGUCUCCUGCAGAGGAGAAAACUCUCUCUGCAGAGACACUUGUUCCAGGAAUGCAUAGGAAACUCCUUGCUACUUUGGAUAGGUGAGGGUAUUCCUGUUCAUGGUCCUUCCACCAGCUGAGAGGAUUUCCUGUGAGAGGCAAAGGGGUCUCAUCUCUAUACCUCUUGAUCUCAGCUGCAGCAACAUCAUGUUCUGAUUUUGGUGCAGUAUUGUCACUAGUAGAGGCAAACGUAGCUCCGAGCAAGUCCACCAAUGCACAUGAGGUCCUCUGUCUCUUUAGGGGUCUCAGUCUCGUUAUUCUCUUGCUGCUGAAAAAUGUCAGAAAGUCAAAAUUCAAAUCCAAGAUUCACCCUGUUUUUCACUAACAUUUAAUGACAAAUGUCAUCAAUAUGCGUUUUUUUUUAACUUUAUUCACUUGCUUAUAACUUCAGUUGAAUUUUUCCAAAUAAAUUCAUUUAUUUACUUAAAUUUUUUUCCUUCUUUAUCACAGUCACCACAGUGUCCAACAGUCUGGAAUAGGUCUCACUGGUCUCUGCUUCAGACAGGAAGGGCAGGUUCUUAAACCGAGGAUCAACUGUUGAUGCCAUCCAUAGUGUCUCCCUCUCAUUUACAUAUCUCUUUCCCAGAUCUUCUGCUAUGGCAGUCUUAAUGUCCCUUACUGUCGGUGUAUCAUCAACACUUUCUUGUGCACCCAUCACAAGCUUGGCAUGAAGAGGAGCAAUGAUGGACAGGGUUGGCAUGCUCUCCUCUGACAUCACCAGGGUGGCGUCCUUCAUAGGCUUGAGUGCCCUGACAACUUCUUCUGCACAUGUGAUGUCAGACUCACUUAAUGUGAAAAUUUCUUUUUCACUCUUCCUAACUUCUGCAGAAAGCAGAGCUGCACAGAUGGCUGGUUGCUGUUCUAAAAAUCGUUCUAUCAUAUCAUAGGAGCUGUUCCAUCUUGUAAUUAUGUCCGUGAUCAAUCUGUGAGCUGGUAGCUGAAGGAGGCACUGUUUCUGCUUCAACUGAUUGCUGGCUGUGGUGCUGCACCUGAAAAAGGCUGUUACACGUCGGAUCCUCCCGAGAAGUCGCACCACGGAUUGUAUUUUCAGUGCUUUCUGUGAGGCGAGAUUCAGACUGUGUGCAAAACAUUGUAUGUGCGUCAUGCCUGCAAGUCUAGCUGCGAGAGCCAUGUUUGGUGCAUUAUCGGUAACAACAACAAGGUCCUUUGUGUUCAAUCCCCAUUCAGCCACAGCGUCAGUUAGUAACAAUGCAAUGUGCUCACCUGUGUGACUGUCAUGCAUGGCUGACAUGAAGGUUCCACUGGUCCGUUAUGUGAUGUGCUGUAACAGUUACGUACGAUUCAGUGGCUCUCGAAGUCCAAGCGUCACAUGUCAAAGCAACUGUCUCUGCCGAGCUGAGGGAGUCCAGCACUGUCGCUUUGACUUCUUGGUACAACUUUGGCAGAGCGAUAUCCGUGAUGUGUUGUCGGGAAGGAACGGUGUAACGGGGCUCCAGCGUUUUAAUCAUAUUACGAAAUCCUUUAUUCUCCACAACACUCAGAGGGCGCAUGUCUUUGCAAAUAAAAACAAGUACUGACUGCGUUAUUUUUGUUGCACGAGUUGAAGUUGCUGGUAGUUUCGAAAAGUUAACUUCUUCAAUUGUCCGUUGAGCGGGGUCACCUCGUUUCGUUUUAAAAUUAGCAUUUGAUGCUACGUCGCUAUGGUGUCUAGACACGUGUGUUCGUAAAUUUGUUGUGUUACCGGAAUAUUUGACUCUGGCGGUGCAGAUUUUACAGACUGCAUAGCUCUUGUCAUAGUCUUUACUGCCUUCUUUUGUCCUAAAUCCAAAAUAAGUCCACACAUCAGCUUUGAAAGCUGCGGGGGCCGGCUGUAUCCUCUCCUCUUCAGUCAUCAGUUAGCUAGCACAAUUGGCCACACAUCCACUGUUCUACUUCGUUGGUUUUGGCAAACUAGAUGGUUCUACAGUUAUCGUGAGACCUUGUUUUUACGUCAAAGUAAAGGCGGUAAAAACUGCAAACCAGUGGCCGGAGUUUGAAUUGCAACAUACAAAAGUAAAAACAGUAAAUGCAUGUAAUUUUUCAUUUUAAAAAAUCGAUAACACUGAUUUUGAAUAUCGAUUCAGUAUCAUUGCACGAAAUAUCGCGAUAUUUCGCUGUAUUGAUAUUUUCUUACAUCCCUAAUCGAUACAAUCGAUAUUUGGAUCGAUCCGCCCACCACUACUAACUGUCUCAACAAACAUUUGGUCUAAGUUUUUAAAGUAAUGCAGAUUUUCAGAUUCGCUUAAAUAAAUGUUGAAAAAUCAUCAGUUCCACUUUCCAGUUAGCUGACUUUAAGAGACGAUGUGUGCAACACAUUACAUCAGGUACUAAAAUGUUAAAGAUGAGGCUUAAAAAGAUACUACCUCCGUGACACCCUCUGGUCUCCUUACAUGAUUAGCCGUGUUUGUUUGCAUGUUGUCACUGAUUUUGUGCUGGCACCCCAUUUAUAGCUGUUCUAUAUGUGUGAAUCUGCUGUUGUCAUCCACCUCAGUUUCCAGUAGCAUGCUCAUCAUCCUCACUCUAUCCCUGAAACUGACUACUGAGUUUUUAGACUUUAGUAAAGCACCAAGAUAAAUGUGAUUAUUGUCACUUUCUUUUCUCUCUCCUGUCUGUGUUCCAUUACUGUGUAACCAAGGUUUGUCUCCCUGUUGUGUAUUUUUUAUUUUUUUUUUUCUAGAUCUCUUCCUAUUUGCCCUAGCAUGUUGGUGUGGCGUCACAGCUCAUCGUCCAGUCCUUGUCUACUGCGCUUCACUGGUGCUUCCAAUUUCACAUUUGACCUUGUAGUUGACGUUGAUUGCCCAAGAGGUUUUGUUGUUUCCCAUGUCCUAUGUGCUGCCAAAAUAGGCACUAGAAAGGUUGCCUCUGAGCAUUUUUGAAUGUUAAAAUUUAUUACAAGCAAAAAAUUUUUUUAUUUUUCUAGAAUAAGUAAAAUAACCACUCAAUUAAAAAACAAUUCAGUUUAAUAAGAGUCUCAAGUUUGUUUUUAUUGACUGCAUAAUGGAGCAAUUUUUCCAGUGCCUCUCUUUUUUGGUUUUGUUAAUGUUUUUUGUGGGAAAGCAGCUAAUCUAUCUUUAGAUCAUGUUGUAUGUGAGUGCUAGUGUGUGCCUCGUCUACAAAAAAAAAAAAAAAAGUCAAAAAAAUUGGUGAUCACAUGUUGUUGUACUUGUGUAAUUCCUUCUCCUCUGGAGUUCCCUUUUGAGUGAUAUGAGGAGGAAACAUUUAUAAUUGUAAAAAUGUUUUUUUCUUUUGACUUAUUGUCUCAAAGCACAUGAUGCUUUACUCUUGUUUCUGCAGAGAAGUGGAUAUGGAGGAGAAUAUUUUGUCAUACAUGUUUUAGUUUUAUUAACUACACUGAAAUUUUUGAAAAAAAAGCAAGAAAAAAAUGAAUAUGUUUGUUAAGUUUGCUAAGUUAAAAAUAAUAAACUUGUGCCAAAUGUUUUGCGCAA